AUGGCCAAGAACCGAUCUCACUUUGAUGUCGUCCAACCUGGACCAAGCAUGGAUAAGCUGAAGUCCACAACCACGGCGAGAAAAUCGUCUCUUCCUACUAGAGCUGAUGGCGGUCCUGAAGGCGAUGUGCUUAGCUUUGAAAUGGAUCCGCAGACGUUGGCAAUCCGAAAGAAGAAAGAAAGGCUGGUUAGGAGAACGAUGACUUUUUUACGACCGUAUCUGGCAUCUCAGCUCAAAAAAUCGUUGCAGUUCGAAAUUCUUCCGAGUUUUCGCGUACUUCCACAAGUCACUUGGCGAUAUCAUGCUGAGUGUUCUUCGAUAUGUUUGGGAGGUUUUGAACGCGAUCCUGCCGACCCACAGUUCUAUAACUGUUCUCCAUUGCACAUACCGAUACUUUGUGGUUGGAAGAGAAUGGUAAGGUAUCAGCUUCUUCCAUGUCGAGCUCCACUACUUCUUUCAUCGUUCAGUUAUACCUGUAUGAUAGUUCCACGAGAAAGGUCAGCGAUGGCAGGAUUUUGUAUCGAGCUCCAUGUGGACGUUCUCUGGCGUCGAAAAAAGCCAUAG